AUGGAGCUGGUGUAUGCUGGGCUUUACUUAGUGCUGUUUUUUGUUGCCUCUAGUUAUCAGUUUAGAAGUGGCUCUGGGUAUGGCCGAUUUGUGGACGAUCCUGAAUUAGAGUGGGAGAGAAUGGAGAAAGUGAUAGGUGAAGAAAUGGCAUAUGAAGUCCCUGCACCUGAAACCAAAUUCUGGAGGAGUGCUUCGGGUGGAUCUUCAACACCUGAAGCAAAGAAGGUCCCUGCAUAUAUGAUUGUCCCAGCCUCCAAGGUCCAGAAAGAGGUUUUCAAACCAGAAAAGGGUGCCAGACCCCUCCCUAACUCGGUUAAGGAAAUGUUACUUGCGGCUUCUACUGCUGUAACAGCAGCCACAGCCAGAACAAAGUUGAUUGAAAUCCUGUGCCAUGUUGACAGAAUGUAUGUAAGAAUCCAGAGAGAUAUCUUUAAGACAAGGGAUGCAUACAAAUAUUUGAAACUAGGCACCUGUCCUGUCAACCAAGGUAACAAAGAACAUUACUACCUUCUGUACCUUCUGACAACUGACUGCGGCUUCAAGAAAGAGAGUACUGUUGAUGAACGGUAUGUUCGCAAUGUGCUCCACUACAAGCCACCUGGUCCAUUUUUAAGGGAGAUGCCAUUUGACAUUCCACUGAAAUGUGCAUUUCCCAGGUUUUUUCACUCCUUCAAAGUUGGCUUCUAUCCCAGACUGCAGGGAGGCACAGUUUUCAGAGCACUCCAACCAAAAAGUAGUUUUACUGUCACUCCUCAAGAUGCAUCAGGGAAUGAAAUCACAGGUGCCAAAGCAUACAUCUUGGGCCAGCCAAUGUACUUUGAGGCCAAACAACCUGAAGGCACAGCAAAAUCUAGUCAGAGGCUGUACAUCCACAAGUGCUUCAUAACAGCCUCCAAAGACUCCAAUUCAAAUCCAAAAUAUACAGUCAUUGACAACCAAGGCUGUAUGAUUGACGGCAAGGUGACAGACCAGUCAAAAUUCCUCACUGGGACCUCAAAGAUGGUCCAGAAAUUCAGCGUGGGCGCCUUGACUUUCCAACAAACAGUUCCCACUUCGUCGUCUUCACAGCAACUCUACAUGCACUGCGAGGUCUCUGUGGAGAAACUUAGCCCGACGCAGAGUUCAAAGGCUUGCAAUUAUGACCCAGCUACCAAAAAGUGGAAGGAGCUGUAUGGUGAUGACUCUGUGUGCACCUGCUGUGACUCCACCUGCUCCUCGGCACAGACUAAAGCUUCCAGGAAUAUAAUCUCCAGCCACUCUUGGAAUGUCGAUUUGUGGAGCAAGGAUGGAUACGCAGAGGCUAACCCCCGGAUGAAAUCCUUUGACACUGACACUUUCAGUUUGGAGGACCCAGACUUGGCCGAGCACGAAGACUUCCUGAAGUACUGGGAGCAUGAUUACUAA